AUGGAGCCUGGGCAGCCCGAGACCAAACGUCCACGUCUCUCGACUGGAACGUCAUGGUCAUCGAAUCGCGGUGUGUCCCUGCCACACCCCGCCGUCGCACAUCAUCCGCCUGUCUCGGUGCCUCACCACGCCACGCUGCCGCCGUAUCAACCUCCACCUACCUUCUCGCGCCCGCCCGAACCUCCCCUAUCGUCGGCGCACCACCACCCUCACGACGAACGCCGCCACCAUCAUGAGCACGAGCCCUAUGCGCCGAGCCAGGACCAUACGCGACAGCUUCCUCCGUCGCCUGCGCACCAACACUAUUCUCCCUACGGGCCGCGAGACCCUUCCGUGAAGCGCGAUCCGGGUGAAGAGACGGCUCUUCCGCAGCUGCGCCGACCACCCUCCACCGGCAACGGCACAGACAAUCUUCCACCACCGCUGCCCCAUGGCCAUCAUCCGAAUCACCAGCAUCCAGAUGAACCUCGACGACCCAUGAGUUUCGAAAGCGGACCGCCGAUGCCGCACUCGCCGGCGCUAUACCGGCCCUCGCAGCACAAUAGCUACCACCCUCCCACGCCCGUCGCUCAGCAUCAUCAGUAUGACAGCCCCCAUCUGUACGGGCCUCCCACCCCCCAUGCCAUGUACCCUACAUUGGAAAUCCAGGCUGCUGCUAGCGCCAAACGGAAAGCGCAGCGGGCCUCACAGGCUUGCGACAGUUGUAGACAACUUAAGGCGAAGUGCGACGAGACCAAGCCUUGCAAAAAUUGUCGGGAGAAGAACGUCGAAUGCAAAUAUCGGGACCCCCCCGCAAAGCAGCCGGAUAAGGUGACUACCGACAUCUUGGAACUUCUUACAUCUCUGAGGGAGGAAGUGAGCAGUGGUUUCGCGACGAUGAGAAAGAUGGAAAACCGCCUGACAAGCAUAGAGACGUCACACAGGCAGCUGCACCAAGGGGCACCAAACAUGAAAGCCGAAUCAAUCGAAGAGGACGACCCGCCAGACUAUUGCCAAUCCCCUUUGCCCAACAACAAAGCGCCAGCAGAACAGGCGCUGUCAUCACCCGGGGGGACCGUCGUAGAACCAGAUUUGACUCUCAACCAGGCGCACGAGACCUUGAGACAAAUCGACGAUGAUGACUUGGAAGCUCGGCCGGGGAGAGCUGUCACUCCGGGCAAGCCUGCCAUACCUCAAAACCACACGACCUUGGCUGGCCUGCUCUUGAAGUGGCCCGCUAUUGGGUCCAUGGUGCAGCAUUUGCUGGAGGCCGAAAGAAUCGAGCACGUGGAGGAAUUUCCAAUACGUCAGGAACAGGCCCGAGGGCAGCUCAGAAUCUUCGGGAGAGGUGAGGGAUUCGAUCAAGAUGGUGGUAUCUACGACAAAGUUACUCCGCCAGACCACAACAUGGAUAUUAAAGACGAUUUUUCGAACCCUUCAUCCCCUGCGCCAAAUUCCAAUGGCCAAGCCUGGGGUCAAGUGGGCGGCCUAACACCACCUCCCUCUGUCGACUACAGAGGGGGCGUUCUCAACGCGGAAGGAAACCCCGACUGGGACCCUUCCAAAGUAUGGAAAUACGUGCAGAGUUUCAAAGACAACAUCCUUAACAUGCACCCUAUCUUUAUUCACAAGGAGCUUGAUGCCAUGGUUAGAGUCUUCCUUAGUGAUAUACCGAAAUCAGCGGAUGUGCGAACCGCCAAAGUCAGCUCAAUAGCCAGAUUUAUUACUCAGCCUACCAUUCCACCUUUGUCGUUUCCUGAGCCUGGCGCCAAAAGGAAGCGAUCGCCGGGUGGAGAAGAGCAGUACCCUACGGCUUCUUUUCAGAAACCUGGACGUCCUUUCCGAACCAUACAUAAUACUCUUAUUCUGCUUGUUCUGGCUUUGGGUAAGAUAUGUCUCCAUAAAGACAAAAUUCCUGACCCGGUCUAUGACUCGGAACCAAUAGCUCAGAAUUCUCCCUCGGUUCGCAAUGGAGUUGUAUCGUCACCUCCGCAAGGGUCGCCCCCUGCGCUCUUGUCACAGUCUCACUCCUCUGGGUUGCCUUCUCCCAGGGAUAACGAACGCAUACACCCGAGUAGGAGAACCUCACUACAAGGAGCGGUCCCCGUGGCAAGAGGGCCGCAAUCGUACAAGAGGAACAUCGACGUAAUCCCUGGCCUCGAGUAUUUCGCCCUCGCAACAGAGAUCAUUGGCGGUGAAGUUGGUGGCGCCACACUGAAGCACGUCUAUGUGCAUCUCCUUGCUGGCUUGUAUCAUGGGCAGCUUGGUCGUGUCAUGGAUAGUUGGGCCUUUAUCAGCCUAGCAAGCCAAAAGUUGCAAAUAAUUCUCCGACCGAGCCUCGGUCGUCUGGCAGCCGAAGGCCCUCGGCUUGGGUAUUCUAGAAGGGAUAAUCAAUUGGCUUUUGCUUUCUGGACCUGCCUGCAAUUGGAAAGUGAUAUCUUGGCCGAGCUACCUCUUCCUCAAUCUGGAAUUCUCCAGUACGAAGAACGAAUGCCAUACCCGAACACCGCGUUUGCCAUUGACCAAGGCUUCCCGUCGCACAUUGUAGAGGGCUAUUUGGCUCAGCUCUAUCUGCGUAAGCAAUUGAACAAGGUGCACAAUUUACUCUACGAUCCGGAGAAAGACGGCCAGAAUGGGCCGGCGAUGGAGGAUGGCAUCAACUCGAUUCAGAAUGCCCUCAAGCACGCAAGGCACACUUGGGUUCCUCCCCAUUACAGUUGGAGUGACGACGAUCCUCUAGCCACCGACAUAUUAUCUGCACGUCUACGCGCCAAGUACUGGGGAUCCCAGGUGAUUCUCUAUCGGCCAUUCCUGAAGAACAUGCUGAACAGGGAACCACUGCCUCCAUCCACGUACCGAAGCCAGCCACCGCCACCUGAUGCAUGGGCCUCCUUAGGCCUUGAGAUAGGAAGUCCGAAUGUGCCAUCGAACGUGGACCCUCGUACCCUCAACUAUGCUCGCCUGGCUAUACAGGCUCUUGUUGAGAGCACACGAGCUUUUCAUGGAAUGGACCCCACCCAACGCAUCAUUGUAACGAACGUGUUUGGAACUGCUCAUGCUCAAUGGGGAAAUCUCCUGACGUUGGCUGCUUGUUACAGAGACAAACUCCUCGGCAGAUUCAUUGACACAAUAACCUUGAAGAACCUCUUCAUGCGGACUAUCGGCUUUUUCCAGUUGAUUGUACAUCCCACAAGCGCACUGACUUCCGACAUGAACAUCUUGAUCGGCCUAGCUAGGGAUCUCAACUUCAUCGAUGAAUAUGAUACCCGGGCGAACUCGAGCUUUUCGGACAUGACGAGCGGUGGGCCUCUACCGCCUAUGCAUAAUCCUAGCGACAAUUACUCGGGCGGCCCUCCACCAUUGAUGCUCAGGACACACCAGCUUCCGCCACCCCACUCAAUGCCAUGA